AUGUAUACAAAGCAUUUGAAUUUUGUUGAACCUGAUGAAGGCUCGUGCAUAUCUUCUAUGAAUUAUUGCAAACGAGUUGGCAUGAAUAAAAACAAAGGACAAUGGACAGUAGAGGAAGAUGGGUUAUUGGUUCGGCUUGUUGAACAAUAUGGAUUGAGAAAGUGGUCUUAUAUAGCUCAGGAAUUUCAUGGUAAAAUAGGAAAACAGUGCAGAGAGCGAUGGCAUAACCAUCUAAAGCCUAAUAUUAAGAAGGACUCAUGGAGUGAGGAGGAGGACAAAAUAUUGAUCAAAGCUCAUAAAGAGAUAGGAAACAAAUGGUCCGAGAUUGCUAAAAGAUUACCCGGAAGAACAGAGAAUUCAAUAAAAAACCAUUGGAAUUCAACAAAGAGAAGAGAAUACUCCAAAAGAAAGUAUCAUUCAAAGUAUUCUACAUGCACUCUUCUACAAGAAUAUAUCAAGAGCUUGAACUCAGACAAAAACCCUCCAAAUGAUUAUAUAAUAACAUCUUCAACUAAUACUGUUGUGAAAAACGAAAGCACAGUAUCAACUGAGUCUCGUGAAGCUGAAGAGCUUUGUCCCAUUGAGUGUUUACCAAGUUUUAAUUUUGAUGAUUUUCCGGAUUUUUGUUUUGAUGAUAAUUUGUUUCAAGAUGGGUAUAGUAUUGAUUAUCUGCUAAAUGAUAUUGAAACUAUGGAAGGAAAUAACAUUUGA